UGUCGGUCUCUUUCACUGUGGGACUUGUUUACACUCUGGAUGGAAACAUGUCCGGGGACCAGAUCACCUUCACGCCGACCCGCGGCUCCCCGCCCCGGGAUCCCGGAGCCGCGGAGCUGUCGGAGAUGGAGACUCUGCGGAUAUUCGUGAACCAGCGGCUCACGGCGGUGGUCGAAGACAUCCUGGCGGUGUUCGGUAGAACCGUGGCCCGGUACCGGGAGCAGAUCGACCGCCAGCAGCAGCAGCUGGACGGACUGAAGUCCGAGGAGGGCGCAUGGAUCUGGGCAGCAGACCCUCAGUGCGCCCCCUCAUGGAUCAAAGCGUGUCCUGACGAGCAGCUGGAACAGCUGGUUCAGACCGAUGGUGCUGAGGAGGGGGGCCCCGAAACCUCGGGCCCUCUCAUUAAAUGUGAAGCUGAAGGCGGAGAAGGUGGUGACGGAGCCUCUGACUCUGACACAGAGGACAGCAAAGAGUACUGGAGACCAGAGGAGUCAACAGGUCAAAGGUCACCACAGCAGCAGGACGAAGCGUCACUCCCACCUCUGUUCAGCUGUAAAGUUUGCGGGGAGUCGUUUGAGAAUAGGGGUUACGUGGGCACGCACACUGUGGCGCACCCUAGAGACUGCGGCGUGUGUGGGAAACAUCUGGAGCGCCCAGAGAACCUGAAGCCCCACCUGCGGGGCCUCAGAGACACGUCAUUCCACUGCAAUGUCUGCGGACAGAGCUUCACGCAGCGUGGGAACCUCAGGACGCACAUGAGGAUCCACUCUGGCGAGAGGCCGUUCGGUUGCACCGUCUGCGGAAAGAGCUUUGGCAGGAGGGCGACACUAGUGCGGCACAUCCGCAGCCACACGGGCGAGAAGCCGUUCAGCUGCUCGUACUGCGGCCGCAGUUUUGUUGAGAAGGGAAACCUGACGGUGCACCUGCGGACGCAUACCGGAGAGCGGCCGUACUGGUGCUCCGUCUGCGGCCGACGCUUCAGUCAGCUGUCCUGCUUCCAGAAACACCCGUGUCAGAGGAGAGGCCUCAGCCCUACAUGAACCGUGACAUGUGACACGUGUCAUAACUCUGAACAUGGAGGAGCUGACAAUAUCAAACAUGGAGAAAGGGAAUACGAUUUAAAAUGCACAAAAAUAAUUUAAAAAAUAACAUUUGAGAGUGAACAUUGUGUCAUGUUUAAAAA